AUGAAAAAUGAAAUAGAAACCCUUAAGUCAUCCAGCCUCAACACCAAACCACUGGAGAACCCAGAACAAUUGGGUGUAGAAAAUAAUAUAACUUAUAGUCAAAUGGCCCAAAGAACAGCUCUAAAGCCUAACGUAAAGAACAUACCAAGCCUAAUAAUAAAACCAAAGAAACAGCAACAUGCUGACAAGACAAAAAUUGAUAUAAAGCACAACAUUAGAUUAGACACCUUAAACAUUGGAGUGAAAAAUACUCGUUUCUCAAAGAAUGGCAGUGUUAUCAUUAAAUGUGAUAAUAAGAAAGAUAUAGAAAUUUUAAAAAGUAAAGCAGAAAAUACGUUGGUGGAUUACGAAGUACAAUUAACAAGAAUGAAACUGCCCCGCUUUAAAAUUGUAGGCUAUGAAGGGCAACUUGAUGAGAAUGAAAUUGCCAACACCAUACGAAACCAAAAUAAAUUUAUCAACGAACAAGAUGAGCUAAAAAUAACUUACAUCAAGAAACUCAAGCAUAAGAAGACUUCAACAAUAUAUGCGGUGAAUGUAGCGCCAGUUUGUUCCAUAAAUUCAUCAAUUCGACGAAAGUCUUUAUUGAAUGGGAAAGAUGCCCAAUAUAUGAAGAUAUAUCUGUGCCACGAUGCUUCAGAUGCCAGGAGCAUUUUCAUAAGGAUAGUGAUUGCCCAAAUAAGAUCACAUGUGAAAUCUGUGCUGACGAACACGACUUCAAGGAAUGUCCAAAGAUCAGGAAGCAGUGCGUUAAUUGUAUUAAAGCAAAUUCUAAAUACAAUGUAA